AGCUCCUCCUCUACCUCCUUAUUUAAUGCACAGUCAUUACUGCAUGCUAGCUUUCAGAUCUGCAGGCAGAGACCAGGAAUCAUGGAGAUGUGACCAAUCAACAGACGUCUUUAUCUGCACCAGUUCUGCUCCGCCUAAUCCUGAAAAUUUUUUUUGUCUUUAACUAUUUUUUUCCUGAGUCAUUUUAAGGAUAUGCACAAUCUGCUCGGAAGAUUUUUCUCUGCUGAAGUCGGAACCUGAAUGGCUUUUUGUGCGUCUACACAGAGAUCUCACCUCAGGAUUUGUUAUUGAGAGCAGGGUUUGUGAUUAAGGCUCACACAGGACGACAGGUUGUUGUGCAGCAUCACCACUGCUUCUUCUUUUUUAAUGCUGGGAUUUUUUUUCUCCUUUUUGUACACAUCUUGCAGUUGUGAACAUGCACACAUAUCCCUGCCAGCUGCAGCAGUGCAGUCUGGCUUCAAUAUGCAUGCAUCUGUGGGUAACCGCUGCCUUAAGGACAGGCUUAAAGGCUUCUCCUGUAGAAAAGAUGCUGAUUUAAGGCGAAUGGCAGUCUAGCUUUGUUUUCUUAGCAAAGUAGACAAGGCUGUAGAGGAUUGAAAUUAACUUUACAGAUGGGAUGUGUGGACCUGAACCUGACCCUUACUUCCUGUUUUAUCCAAUCCCAACAUGAACUCUUCCUCUAAUUCAAACCAGAGCAGUUCUCCCUUGUUCUGUCUGAUGGGUUAUUCUCACAGCCUGGAUACCUGCAUACUGGAGGUGGCCAUCAUUCUCUUCCUAGCUGUGCUGAUCAUCACUGGAAAUCUAGUGGUGAUCUUUGUCUUCCACUGCGCUCCGCUGCUGCACCACCAUAGCACCAGCCACUUCAUUCAGACCACCGAUCUGCUGGUGGGCAUCAGCUGCUUGGUUCCUGCACUGUCCCUCCUUCACUACCUCCAAGACCUGAAUGAGGAGCUUGCCUGCAAAGGCUUUGGCUAUAUUGUUUCUGUGCUAAAGGGCGUCUCAAUGGCCUCACUAGCUUGUAUUAGUGUGGACCGCUACAUUGCCAUCACCCGGCCGCUGUCCUACAGCACUUUGGUGACACCAUGUCGGUUGAGGUUUUGCAUCAUUCUGAUUUGGAUUUAUUCCACCCUGAUAUUUUUGCCUUGUUUCUUUGGCUGGGGGAAGCCAGGAUACCAUGGGGACAUAUUUCAGUGGUGCUCAGACUCUUGGAAGACAAACCCAACAUUCAGCACGUUCAUCGUGGCGCUGCUCUAUGCCCCGGCAGCGUUCACUGUCUGCUUCACCUAUGGAAGCAUCUUCCGGAUCUGCCGUCAGCACACCAGGGAAAUCAACCAACAGCACGCACGCUUCAGAUCGCAGACACAGACUAUUAGGGACGUGAGGUGCGAGGGCUGCCCAGAGAAACGCUACGCCAUGGUCCUCUUCCGAAUCACCAGUGUCUUCUACGUGCUGUGGAUGCCAUACAUCCUCUACUUCCUCCUUGAGAGUGGGGGUUUGUAUCACCACACGGUAGCAUCCUUUCUCACCACCUGGCUGGCAAUUAGCAACAGUUUCUGUAACUGUCUCAUCUACAGUCUCUCCAACAGUGUCUUCCGUAAAGGCCUUGGCAAUCUCCUAAACCCACUGCUUCCGUCCUGUGUCGGCUGCGAAGACACCAAAAAUGCUCCGCCUCCGAGCAGUCUGCAACCAGAUGCUCGAUACAACGUCUGAGACCCUUAAGCCACAGAUUUGAUUUCCAAACCAUAUAUCUACAGCAUGAUGCUGUUUUUUUUUGGUCCUUAAUUCAAAUGCAUUGAGGACCAGUUGAAGGGUGCCUGUGCAAGCACAUGUUGGUCUUUUUUUUCUAAAUCAGAUGAAGAUUAAAAAAUGAGUUUGCAAAGUUUCUGCUGAGUGGUUAUUAAACGUGUGAUGUUACUUCAUGGCUACCAGCUGCAGAGUUGGAUUCACAAAGCUGAGGAAGAGACCAGACUGAACAACUAUUUUAUGUGUGCAUGUAGAGAAUAAAGUACACCCCAGCUACACUUAAGAAAUCUAAAGACCUAAGCAUACUGCAACCUGUUUAAUCCAAUUUAACAUAUUCCAAAAAUCAAAAGUUUACUCCCAAACUUUUAUAUCCAUGUCACAGGAUAGAGGUGUUAGCUCCUGAUAAGAAAACAGAUGAAAAGGUUGGUUGUUCACCUUCAUAUGAAGCAAUGAUCUGCCUGACUGAGUUCAAACUAAACAGAACAUCUGUGAGAAAAUAGAAGGGAGUCUGCAGCAGCUCACGUGGUUCUGCAUGUUUCCUUAAUCUAGUGUUAAAAAAAAAAGAAAAAAGAUAUUGAUUUAUAAGUUAGCAUUACCGUUUGUGUUCAACGCCCAACAAGAAGACAAUGGGUUUAAUUUUUUAGGAGAGAUUUAUUGUUCGAUAUGUUUCCAUCUCUGGUUAUCAGGAACUGAUUGGUCUGAUCUUUGAAAUUGUAGCCUGGAGUGUGUUUUUUUUCCUCCCCACCAGUCUGCUCAUGACUGGUGGAGCAAGUCCAAAUGGAUCUGCUGUGUUAUUCAUUUCAGGAUUUACUGCAAGAAAAAAAUAAAAAGGAACAAUAGUUAAUCAGUUUUUUAGGUUUGUUUUCUCAAUACGCAGUUGAAUCUUGGUGUUUAAAGCACUAAAGGACAACCUCUGGUUUAGAUAGCUUGGGGUUUUUUCUUUGAAUGAAGGCAGAAACUGGAUCCUUAUCUCCAGAUUUUAUUAGAUUGGACAUUAUCUCAUGCUUAGAGGCUUUUAAAAGUAAUUUCUCCUCUCAAAGGUCUGGCAGCAAUGCCUAUUUAUUGGUAUAUAAACUGCUCUGUGACCUAAGGUAUAACCCUUAAAAACAGAAAUGGAAAAUAUAUCACUGUCAUGGCUAAAAUAAUUUUGCAUGGUUGAUUUAAAUCUCACAAUUAUUGCUGUAAUUUUAUAUUUGGGUAUUAAUUUUGCUGCACAAAACCACAUUAGGUGUUGAUGUGAAUGACUGUUUAAGAUCUUUUUAAAUUAUACAGACCCAUAUUUAUAAACUAAUUAAAUUGAAAAAGUAUGUAGGCCUUCUUUGAAUUAAAGUUGAAUCUAUAGUCAAAGAUGGAUAAAACCCUGGCUGGUUAGUGUUAUUUGGUUGGAGUUUGAAACCUAGUGAUAGUUCCACAGGAACUACUUAUUGCACCUAAUGUUUGGUCUUUAAUGUUAUACAGAUAUCACUAAUUCACCUCAAGGAUUCAAACAAGAGGAUAUUGACCAGUUAUGUGAAAGUAUUGCUUUCUGGGGUAGAAAGCCUGCCUCUAACCGCAGACACAGCAAAUCUUGUGCUUGCUUUGAUUUUUUUUUAUUAUUAUAAAACACCAUUUUGUCUUUUAAAAGAGAGAGGUUCUUCCGGGAAAAAUAAAAACAGAGAUUAUCACAAUAUAAUGGAACAAUUUUAUUGUUCUUGAAAUACUUUUUCAGGUUUCCUUGAGUUUAUAAGAUUUAUAUGUUUAUAUAUGAGAUAUAUGUUUAUAAGAGUCACUUUCGUGGUGUAGUUGGACAAGCCUGCAUAAAAACUGCUAAAACUGUAAGUUGAUUUACUGAGGUGGACCCUGAAUAAGAAAGCAGCAUCAGAUUUUAUCUUGCAAAAUUCAUACAGCAUAAUUGCGAUAUUUAUAUUGAAAAACAUCCAAAUUUAAAUAGUUAGAACAAGACGCCCUAUCUCUGGAACAUAAAACAUCAGAAUUUGCAUCAAUUGCUCCAUUUAAGCACAGAACGCUUCAGUUUGUUCUAGGAAUCAUUAUUUCAUGCAUAUAUGUGUCACAUUAAGCGUCUCAUCUUUGCUCAGCUCCAUGAAAACCCAAAUAUUCAAUUAGAAAUGCCCAUUGUGAAAACAUACUCUGAUUGAAUUCAAACAGUUUGUACAGUUGGAGGCUCCCACGCCCAUUUACUUGAUAAAUAAAAAAUAUUGCCACCUGAAUCGAAUCAAACUAAUGUUUCUGACCCAUCCGUUACAUGUCUGUACUACUUCAUUCGUCAAAGAAUGGAGUACAAAUUAACCAGUAGAGAUUUUAUUGACCUUUUUUCUUCACCAACUAUGUAUUAGAUGUUUUAAAAAUAUGUCCUGC